AUGGAGCUGCAGGACAAGGUGGCAAUAGCUCAACGACGUGUGGUACAUGACCGCUCUACGUAUCGAGAAAUUGAUACGAGUGUGAUCGAUCUCCUGUUAGGAUACAACGCGUCAGUGAACGAGCUCGACGAGGUGCGAUACUCCAAAGGAGUGAGUGCUUUACAGAUCGCUUGUGUUCAAGGUCGCACCGAGAUCCUCGAGCUUCUUCUUAAUGAAAACCCCGAAAACCAAACCAAAAACGUCGAAAUUGGUCGAAUCUCCACCGACGUGGCCACUCUGACCCACCCUUUAAUCAAAUUGGGUAUUCUUCAAAAUGAAGACGACGUCAACAGUCACCAAAAUCGGCGUCAUCGUUUCCCAGGGUUUGACAGCUUGAACAUACCGGCGAACAUGGCAAUUAUGGAAGUACUGAUUCGCAAUGGAGCCACGUUUAACUUCCCUACUGGACGAAGCCGGGACUCGCAGCUUCGUCAUGUCAUUUUAGCGCUCUCUUGGCAGAAUCACACGUACGAGGCGCUCAGGUUAACACUGCUCUUACUCUUCUCUCCUUGGGUAGUGGAAGUGAAGCAGCACAAAAGUCGCGAUCUGGAGCAGUCCGAACACGAACACCGGCACAACAGUAGCACCCACGUUUGCAGGCGUCACGUCGGUCAUUUCGGUAUGGUAUUUUGCACUCGGAAGAUCCGUGGUCGUGAUUACUGUGAUCGCAGUCGCAGAGGACGCACUCUGCAUACAGGUGGCCACGUAGACAGCGUUAAAGAAAUCUACCGUGAAAAUUACAGCUUCCGGGAAGAUAAGUCCAGCUGA